CUGUCACAUUCUCUGGUGCUGUUUAAAUCCCUUUUCACUCCAGGCGAGUCUGCGCAGUGUCAUCAUGAUGUAGUCCGCCAUUGAGAGGACUCGCGAUCAGUGAAAGGGUCAGAGUUGCUUCGACUGUCGAUGGUUGCACGUUUCUCUCUGUCUGCUCGUUUUCAUUUUUUGAACUCUGAUCAUAGUUUUAAUCAUCUUCAAAUCAUCGAUUGUGUGGAGGGAAUACCAACUUUUCUCUGCUGUGAAUGAUUUUCCACUCUCAAUUUAAUGGAACCGGUUGUUAGUAUUAUAGGGAUAUAUUUGUUGCGAGCAGGCUAUCAGGCAAAGUAAGCUAGCUAGCUAGCUAGCCCUCAGCACAGAGCUUGUGAGUUAGCUAGCUGACUGACUGUGGUUGGCUAACUGGCUAACUGAGCACGAACUGAGCCUUGCUCGGGGGGCAGUGUGCCUGCAGUACAAUUUAUGGAUCCUAGAAUUGCCUGGUUUCAGCCAGAACAGCGCGGACCUGCUAACAGUUUGUGGAUGCAGAUUUGGGAGACAACACAAGGUCUGGGAAAUCUGUACUUCAAUAACAACUAUAGCACAGGAGCUAGCACGUCAAGCCAUAACGUUAGUCCUAAAUUGAACAGUAACGGGGCUACGAGUAACGUGAUCACGACCGAAAACGGGACUCCCAAUACCACAAUCGGCCCAGGUGUUAGUGGCAGCAGCGAGUCCAGGAAUCAGGGGAUGUCUACUUUAAGGGUCGAUAGCGAUAUCGUGGAACAACGGGACUUCAUUCCUUUGGAAACCAACAACAACCAAAACAACCGAUCUGUCGUGAGGGGUGGCGGACCAGGGGUGCUGGCCAGUGGGGUUGGGGUAUGGAGAGGGGAUGUCGCGGGGCACCGCAACAAGAGGAAAAGAGAUAACAAAGCAAGCACGUUUGGGUUCAAUACUAGUCUAUUGCUGAAUGGAUCUGGAGGAGACGAUACUGAUGGCUGUGUUUAUACGGGUACGCCUUGGAAAACCAGGAACUACUCCGAGGGAAUUAUUGGGCUGCAUGAGGAGAUCCAGGACUUCUAUGAGUACAUGUCCCCUCGGCCGGAGGAGGAGCGCAUGAGGCUGGAGGUGGUGGAUCGCAUCAAGCGUGUCAUCAAAGACCUGUGGCCGGCCGCUGACGUUCAGGUGUUUGGCAGCUUCAGCACAGGACUGUAUUUGCCCACCAGUGACAUUGAUCUGGUGGUGUUUGGGAACUGGGACACGCUCCCCCUGUGGACGCUGGAGGAGGCCCUGCGCAGGAAGAACGUGGCCGACGAGAACUCCGUCAAAGUGCUGGAUAAGGCCACGGUGCCCAUCAUCAAGCUGACGGACUCGUACACUGAGGUCAAAGUGGACAUCAGCUUUAACGUGCAAAACGGCGUCAAGGCCGCCCGCCUCAUCAGAGACUUCAAGAAGAAGUAUCCUGUGCUUCCCAAGUUGGUUCUGGUGCUUAAGCAGUUCCUGCUGCAGCGGGACCUCAACGAGGUGUUCACCGGCGGCAUCGGCUCCUACAGCCUCUUCCUCAUGGCCGUGAGCUUCCUGCAGAUGCACUACAGGGAGGAUGUGUCCAGCCCCAACACCAACAUCGGCGUUCUGCUCAUUGAGUUCUUCGAACUCUACGGCCGGCAUUUCAAUUACCUGAAGACGGGCAUCCGGAUUAAGGACGGCGGCAGCUACGUGGCCAAAGACGAGGUGCAGAAGAGCAUGCAGGACGGCUACCGGCCCUCCAUGCUCUACAUCGAGGACCCCCUGCAGCCAGGUAACGACGUGGGCCGCAGCUCGUAUGGAGCCAUGCAGGUCAAGCAGGCAUUCGACUACGCUUACGUAGUGCUCAGCCAUGCUGUCUCACCCAUCGCCAAGUACUACCCCAACAACGAGACCGAGAGCAUACUGGGGAGAAUAAUCCGGGUGACCCAGGAAGUGGCCGAAUACAGGGACUGGAUCAGCAAGCAGUGGGGGGCCCAGUCUCAGAAUGAACCAGUCAUCAACGGAAAUGAUGUCACUCUGGAGCCCCAGCAACUAGACGAGUGCAACAACAACGUGUCGGAGGAGGCGGCGGUGCUGCCCUCCAUGUCGCGCAGCAAGAGCUCCUCCAACUCCUCCACGCCUCCCUCGUCCCCCUCCUCAUCACCCUCCACCUCGCCAUCCUCCUCCACUGCCUCCAGCUCCAGUGAUGGGGACUCUGACGUGUCGCCCUGUAAGACAGUGAAGCAGCAGCCUACGCGCGGCCCCAGCACCCACAGGGAGAGUGCGGAGAGGGCACCCGCCAGCCACCGCACACAGCACCACUCCACUGCCAACCCCAGCACCAACAGCAAAGGCAACAAGUCCAAACAGUACCGCCCGAACAAGGGCUCCCAAGGCCAGCAGAACUCCUCGUCCAGCAACAAGGGCCACCAAAGCAGCAAGCCACAUCACCAGGGUAACAGCAAAAAGAGGAAACCACAGAGGGACGCUGCACAUGAGGACCUGUGCAGAUAGAGGGCGCUGUUUCCCACGCUCUCGCUUGCUCUCUCCUCUUCUACGGCCUCUCGCCUCACAGACUGAGCAACCCCGUGCAGUUCCCCUGCCCUCCUCUUGUCUUGGGAGGGGCUAGGAAGGGAGUGUGUGUGUGUGGAGGGGAUGGG